CUGACUCACUGUACAAGACCUCUCCCCUUCACUCUAAGUACUCUUGACAAUAUCUUGAAAUAUAGUUUUGGGUUAUUGGAUUUUAGUCAUUAGUCAUAUUCUUGAGGACUGCAGGGUGGGAGAUGCAACAAUGGCCUUGAGAACAGCAGGAAGUGUGUUGGUGGUCUUUCUCUGGUCUGUAGCAGUGGUACUGGGUCAGUAUGGCUGGAGUGUGACUUACACCACUCAGAGUAUCUGUGCCUUGAAGGGGUCAACAGUGGAUCUGUCCUGCUCUUACACAUAUCCCAGAGGUCAUAAAGUCACAACAACCUUCUGGUUCACUAAAAUUGAUGCUUUGGAAAAUGAUGUAAAUCUGAGAGAUGACCCAGACUACAAAGGUCAUGUGACGUACCGUAGCGAUAAGAAUAAAGACUGCACCCUGAAAAUCACAGACCUGAGAUUGAGUUACUCAGCUGAGUACACUUUCAGAUUCAUAACAGAUCAGGAAGGAGGGAAAUAUUCUGGCUAUCCUGGAGUCACUCUGUCUGUUACAGACCUGCAGGUGAAGGUGACCACUACAUGGUGGUCAACGACACUGACCUGUAGCACCACCUGUACUCUGACUGGUAACUCCACCUACAUCUGGUACAGGAACAGUAAGAUUGUACAAGCGGCCUCCUCCCCCUCGUACUCAGUCUACUUCAAAACUGAAGACAGUUUCUACUGUGCUGUAAAAGGCAUCAAUUCUCCUGCAGUGUCUGUUAGGGCUCAGAGUUAUUUCCAUGUGACUUACACCCAUCAGAGGAUCUGUACCUUGAAGGGGUCAUCAGUGAACAUAUCCUGCUUUUAUACAUAUCCCAGUGGUCAUACAGUCUCUGAAACAAACUGGUAUAUAAAAGGAAAACUUCAUGAGGCCCCUCAAAUCCUGAGCCUGGGUUAUGGAGGUCGUGUGGAGUACCUUGGAAAUAUGCAGAGUGACUCCACCCUGAGAAUCACAGACCUGAGAGAGGAGGAUUCAGCUGAGUAUAAGAUUAGAUUCAGAACAGAUCAGACAAACUGGGAGCCCACCUUCCCUGGAACAACUCUGACUGUCACAGGUCUUCAAGUGAAGGUGACUCCUGCCACUGUGACAGAGGGACAGACGGUGAUACUGACCUGUAGCACCACCUGUACUCUGACUGACAACCCCAACCCCACCUACAUCUGGUACAAGAAUGGACAUGUAACCACCCAAUCUAACAGUCUGUUCCUUAAGCCAGUCAGCAGUGAGGAUGCAGGCAGAUACUCCUGUGCUGUAGAAGGCCAUGAGGAUCUCUACUCUCCUGAAGAGACUCUCACUGUCACAUAUGGCCCAAAGAACACCUCAGUGUCAGUCAGUCCCUCUGGUGAAAUAGUGGAGGGCAGUUCAGUGACUCUGACCUGCAGCAGUGAUGCCAACCCACCUGUGGACAAAUACACCUGGUACAAGAAGAAUGUAGCCUCACCAAAAGCAUCAGGACAGAGUUACAGCAUCACUAACAUCAUCUCUGAGGACAGAGGAGAAUAUUACUGUGAGGCCCAGAAUGGAAGAGGAUCUAUGAACUCUACAGCUCUGAUGAUCAUUGUAGCAGAGAAACAGACCUCAGUUCUGACUGCAGCUGUAGGAAUCACAGUGGUUGUUCUGGUUCUCAUCCUCUGUCUCCCUUGCUUCAUGUGGUUCAGGAGAUCCAUAGGAGGAAGUGAUGUCACAGCAGACACACAGAGUGUCCAUCCUGACCCUAACAGUGACACGUACACAGCUCUGAACAUGAAGACCAGGUCACCAGAGUAUGACACCCUGGCAAAUGUGAGGGACUCCUCUAGUGACACAGUCCCACAGAUAGAUGCUGAGCCCUCAGAUUAUGAGAACUAAAGAGAACCACCACAGAACCUGGACUGAAGAGAUCCACCACAGAACCUGGACUGAAGAGAACCACCACAGAACCUGGAUGAAGAGCUUCAGCACCAAACCAAAGCUAGGAUUUACACCUCUAUUCUCCUGCUAUCAUAUUGCUAUCAUAUCUAAACGGCUUUCCAGAUAAUGAGCUCUAACGUUUUAGAAAAUGAUGUCAUUAUUUUAUUUUCUUGUUAAGGAAAGGGAAACGGGGAUACCUAGUCAAUUUUACAACUGAAGGCAUUCAACUUAAAUGUGUCUUCCGCAUUUAACCCAACACCUCUGAAUCAGAGCGAUGCGGGGGGCUGGCAUAAUCGACAUCCUCAUCUUCGGUGCCUGGUGAAUAGUGGGUUAACUGCCUUGCUCAGGGGCAGAACGAUAGAUUUAUGUAAUUAUGCUUAUUGGUGACAUGUCAAGAAGUUUUUCCUAAGCUUUAACUUCUGAGUAAAUGCUGGAGUUGAAUUCUCUUUCCUUGUAAUGAUAAUUAUGUAUAUCGAUGAUAAAUAAGAUAGAUUAUGCUUCUGCUCUUUUUCUAUGAGAUUUGACCAUUUGUAGAUUUUCUGUAACACAAAAAGCCCACUUUUCUGUUUACUCUCAGUAGAUUAAUAUUAUGUUUCUGCUCUUUUUCUAUGGGAUUUGCCUUUUCCAGAUUUUUAUAACAAAAAUAGGUCUACAUUUCUCAGUGACUAAUGUGGAUAAUAUUGAUAACAGCUUUUUAUUACUUCUAGCUCUUGGACCAGGUUUCUCCUAAUUAUUUACUUUGUAUUAUUGCACUUUUUAUAUUCAUUAUUAUUUUAUAUUAGGUAAUAGCAUAUUGUUCAGAAUCAUGAUAUCACUUAUUUUAUUAUCAAAUUAUUAAUUAUUACCUAUUUUAGAUACAUUAAAUAUGUUUACCUUUGCAGUUUUUACAAUUUGGUUUAGUGUCAAUACAGUAUAAGCGCCAUGUUGUAAAUAAGCUCAAAGUUCAAGCUAAGAAAUACAUAGAUUAUUUGAUCAACUAUUAAUACAUUGAUUCAUAACUUUUUCCACUCUGCUGUUGUUUCUUGUAUUUCUGCCUAUUGGACACAUGAUGUCACCAUUGAACAGAUCAACACCCAGCACUGUUCCUCACAAACUACAUGCACGCACACACACUAGUGGUGCACCAGUCAGCUGUUUGUUAACCCGCAACCGCCCGUAACUGCUAAUAACCCAUCUGCAACCUCACGACUAUGUGAUAAAGUGAAAAUCUGAGGCCCUCACUAACCUGCAAAUAUAGAAAAUUCGCUACAGGCUACAGUCAAAGACUGUGAAGGAUUUUUUGACAAGGGGGGCAGGAUUUAUUUUUUGCCUGAUUUAGACAUGUUUCUGAUUAUCAUUUCAGACAUUUUGGUGGGCAAUUUGUUCGUCAACUUGUCCAUAAUUUCUAGAUGCGUGCAGCCGCGACACAUCAUUCAUGGCAGGUGUGGCAGAGCGCCAUCUGUUUUGAGCCCCACCUGUUUAGCUUUUUUUAGUUGCUUUUUUAAUGUUAUUUUGGUAUUAAUACAUGACACAUAUCGGUUUGCAAACAAUGUAAAAAAAUAAAUAAAGCAUUGAGUUAAUAAAGUCACA